AUGGGCUGUAAUAGUUCAAGAAAAAAUCUUUAAGAAAAGAGUUCUUUAAAUAGCAAAGAACUUGAGAAAUGCAAUGAGAAAUUUAAGAAAUUGUCCUCAAUUGCACCAGGAAAAGCUGAACAAUUUAUUGCCAUCGAAGGUUUUAGAACAGCCUUCACAGAAAAUACGUAAUUAGCUGAUAAAAUCUUUAAAUUUAUCAAAAGCCAAAGUGAAACAAACAAUGUGAACAGGGAAACAUUUGUAUUAUCAAUGGAACUAUUUACAAAAUAGAAAUCAGAAAUAUAUGUUUUUACAAAUAACUACAAGCAUUUGGAACAAUACUAGUUAUUAUUAUUGAUAUCCAUUUAACAUCCUGAAAUUUAUAAGAGAGAAGAAUUCAAGUUGUAAUUGUUAACCAAAGUUGAAAUCACAUAUUUAUAGGCAGGGAUAUUCAUAAAGGAGAUAAUCAAUAUGCUAAGUCCAAAAGGCAAUAGAUUAAGUGAUGACGAUGAUGUAGCAGCUAAACUAUUGAUCAAUAAUAUUUUUGGAGGUAACAUAAAUGAGAAUUAUCCUAUAGAUAAAACAAGCAACAUGGAAUCUCCAAUAGUUUUGCAAAUUAAAUAAAAGUGGAAAAGGUACUUUGCUGGAAAGUUUACUGAUUCCUCUCACAAGAUUAAACUCCCAGAACUGACUGAUAAUUCCCUCAUUAUCAACUAUUAAAUAUUGGGAUUGUUUUAUUUAAGCACUCCUUGGUUCUACUAAACCAAAAAAAAUUUGAAUUUGCUAUUUGCUUAUUAGGAAGGUUAAGAUUAAUUCGAUUUAAACCUUUUAUCAAAUCAAUUGUUAUCCUAAAAUUCUCCAACUCUAUUAUUAUUUAGACAUGUUGAACGAUUAAAUAAGUAUGAAAAAUUGCCAUAUCAACACACACCUGAUGAAAAUUUAGAAGCCUUUGAAUAGCAUUAUCUAUUUGGUUACUUCAAUUCAUCAAGGUGGAGAUUAGCACCAGACAUCACUGGAGAUAAGAAUUCAUCAAUAUUUUCCAUCGUUCCAAAAUACUAACAAUUUAUUACAGGCAAAGGAAAGGGACAAAGCAAAUAUGCCCUAUUGAAUAGUGAUCAAGGAAGACCAUUGCCAUAAUCUUUAUAGAAGAAAUUAAGCAAAUUUGGAUUGGGUAUUGGAGGUAGUGGAUAUGAACAACAUAGAAUUUGGAUUGAUGGUCAAAAUUUGAAGGAUAGCUAUAUAACAGAUGAUGAUAAGACUUUUGCAACAGGUCACAUAUUGGCACCUCAUAUCACAAAAUUGAAUAUUGAUAGAAUUGAAGUAUGGAGUGUUGAGUUCAUUUCUACUUAAUAAGAUUUGUCUCAUUUUAGAUAAACUCAAAUGAAUCAUAUAAAUCAAUUGUUGGAGGAUGAAAUUCCAAAAUAAAAUGUCGAUCCUGGAUCACUUAUCAAUUCAAUUAAAAAUAGAAAUUCAAGGAUUCAAUCUGCUAUACAUACCUAAUAAGUUGAAGAAGAGAAAUAUUAACAAUGA